CUUGAGGUCAUUUCAAGACACAAAACACAAUCCCAAAUGCCUCUCCCAAUCCUAGGCAGCUUGUUCAUUUUUCAAAAAUUAGUUAGCAUUGUAAAAAAAAUGGGCAACAAGAUCUCUUCCCAAUCUUCCACUACCAAUUCUCAGCAACAAAGCAGCAGCAGCACCACCACCACCACCAGCAGCAGCAGCAGUAGCAGCAGUAGCAGCAGCGCAUACACCGGACUAGGCAACAUCAUCAAGCUCCUUCCGUCCGGGACCGUCUUCUUGUUUCAAUUCCUCAACCCUCUUCUGACCAACAACGGCGAGUGCCACACUUAUAACAAGUACCUAAGCGCCAUUCUGAUCGCAGUUUGUGGCAUUUCAUGUUUUGUGGCUAGCUUCACCGACAGCUACAAGGGGACGGAUGGGUCGACCCACUAUGGGUUCGCCACGGCCAAGGGCAUCUGGCCUAGCUCGAGCUCCGGUAGCUCCACGAGCUCGUCGGGGUAUAAGCUUCGGUUUUCGGACUUUGUCCAUGCUUUCUUGUCGGUGAUUAUUUUUGCAGUUCUGGCGUUGUUGGACACGAACACCGUGAAGUGCUUCUAUCCGUCUUUCGAGAAUACGGAGAAGACUUUGAUCACGGUUCUGCCGACUGUGAUCGGCUCGAUCUCGAGCACGCUGUUCACGUUGUUCCCGAGCACACGCAACGGAGUUGGGUAUCCUUCAAGUGGCACUAGUACCACCUCGGAGACUAGUACUACCUCGGAGAGCAAUGCCGCGAAAGUUUGAUGACACACAAAAGCACAUAUGCAUGAUACAGUGCAAUUUCAUGCAUAUUUCCAAAUAAAUGCAUCUAGGGUUUCUCAUGUUAGACUCAUGUGCUCUAGGAUGAGUACAUAAUUACGAUUAUAAGUAUUUGUUGCUGUAGAUCUUACAAUGUAUCGGUAGAUCUGAUCUAUUUGUAGUGGAAUUCAUUUAUUUAUCAAUGUCUUUUGGUUAGUUUGUCAUCACGAGUGGUAUAUAUCAAUCAUAGUCAGCUUCA